CAGCCGGAUGGGCAGAUGCCCAGCGACAAGACCAUCGGGGGUGGGGACGACUCCUUCAACACUUUCUUCAGUGAGACCGGGGCGGGCAAACACAUUCCCCGGGCGGUGUUCAUCGACCUGGAGCCCACCGUGAUCGAUGAGGUCCGCACCGGCACCUAUCGACAGCUCUUCCACCCUGAGCAGCUCAUCACCGGCAAGGAGGACGCGGCUAAUAACUACGCCCGGGGCCACUGCUCCAUCGGCAAGGAGAUUGUGGAUCUGGUCCUGGAUCGCAUCCGGAAGGUGGCUGACCAGUGCACGGGCCUGCAGGGCUUCCUCAUCUUCCACAGUUUCGGGGGGGGCACCGGCUCCGGUUUCACUUCCCUCCUGAUGGAGAGGCUCUCCGUCGACUACGGCAAGAAAUCCAAGCUGGAGUUUUCCAUUUACCCGGCUCCCCAGAUCUCCACCGCGGUGGUCGAGCCGUACAAUACGGUGCUGGUCACCCACUGCACCCUGGAGCACUCCGACUGCGCCUUCAUGGUGGACAACGAGGCCAUUUACGAUGUAUGCCGGCGGAACCUGGACAUCGAGAGACCGACCUACACCAACCUCAACCGCCUCAUCGCCCAGGUGGUGUCGUCCAUCACCGCGUCGCUCCGGUUCGACGGGGCCCUCAACGUGGACCUGACCGAGUUCCAGACCAACCUGGUCCCCUAUCCCCGCAUUGGGGGUUGGGUCGGCAUCAACUACCAGCCCCCGACGGUGGUGCCAGGGGGCGACCUGGCGAAGGUGCAGAGGGCCCUCUGCAUGCUGAGCAACACCACCGCCAUUUCCCUGGCUUGGACCCGCAUGAACCUCAAGUUCGACAAGAUGUACGCCAAGCGGGCCUUCGUGCACUGGUACGUGGGGGAGGGCCUGGAGGAAGGGGAAUUCCAGGACGCCCGGGAGGACAUGGCCUCGCUCGAGAAGGAUUACGAAGAGGUGGGGGUCGACUCUUCCUCGCUGGACCGCAAGGCAGAGGAAGAAGAAUGA